AUGGAGAAUCAGCAUUCUAAUGCUAUUUCAGUUUCAAUGAAACUUCCGAACCAAAAAGAGGAUGUUACUUUGAACUUAGUACAAUCUUCAAGUGCCCAGAUUUUGAGCGAUGUGCUACAGUUUUCGUCACCAGCCAGGUGUUUGACAAAUUUAGAUUUAUACUUCAAGGGAACGAAAUUGACCGGAGAGGAAGCCCUCAAAGACCUAGCUACCGGAGACACUUUGAAGUUAGACGUCAAGUAUAGACCAUAUACGACUAGAGACGCUCUCAGACACAUCACUGUCGUUCGUGAUACCAUUGGUUUUGCAUCUGAGGCUCAAGAUGGUGUUUCUGACUUUGCUGUGUCUACUGGUAUUAAGUUCGCCGAUUUGCCAUUGCAUUCGGUGAAAUCUGCCGAGCUUAAGAAAUCGACUUCUGGUGACGAAAAAAAUCCCGAAACCGAGAAAACCGAAUCAGCGGCCUUCAAUCUUUCUGAACAGGAAGCUAGCGAGUUCCAGCAAACAGUCAAAGAUAUUUUGACUGAGAACAAACCUGUUGCUGAUAUUCUCAAGACUAGGUCUCCAAUCGUGACACCUUGCGUUCGCUCGUUGAAUCUCUCAGCUUACAAUCCAGCCCCGGCAUUUUACAGAAGCAAAGGACACCUACUAUACUUACAAGUGGUCACUCUCGAGGGGGAGAGUUUUCACAUAACUGCUUCAACUGCAGGGUUCUACGUCAACAGGUCCAAUUCCAACAAAUUCGAUCCAAACCGUAGGGAAGAUGCGUCGAAAACGUUUGUUUCUUUGCUUGAUCUUCUUUCUUUCCAAUCGAAGAAAUUCAACGAACACGUAAAAAAACUAGAGCAAAAGAUCAGUGCCUUAGAUAAUGUUUGCAUUGCUAGACCAUCUACUACAUUCCUAUGCAAACCUUGGUUAGUCUCCACUUCUCCCAGUGCGUCGGGCAGUUACUCUCGCUUCCAAUUGAGCGAAAGCGAUUUUAAUACGGAGCGUAACUUCAAUGACGAAUUUCAGGCCAUAAAGGAUAUGACUACGGGUGAUUUUCAAUCAAUAGUGGACACUGAAAAGCUAACCGCCAAAGUCUAUCAUGAAUUUACUGAAGCAGCUGUCAGAGAUUCUAUGUCUAUUUUCUAUGACGAUCUUGUACCCAUGAACCCCGAGGCUGACACCCAGGAACAAAUUUUCUUGAAAAACAACAUUUUCUAUUCAUUUGUUGGUGACGUAAAUGGUAACUAUACUUCCAUCGGUGGAGAUGCUGCUGCUUUUGCUGCUUCCAACCAAGACCUUCAAACUGUUAAGCUUCUGCACCGCGUCACCCUCUCAGAAAUUCAUUACUUGUUGUGUGCAGUCAUUGACUUUGCAGGCCGUAGGGUACUAGCUCAAACACCAGUCCCUGGCUUAUUAAGUGCGAUGGGUACUGUUACCAAGCAAGAUCCAAAAUCUGGCGAGACCGUGACUGAAGACCUAAACUCCGACGUUAACGUUGUCUACGGAUUGGAUGAGUCUACGGGCGAAAUCCUCUAUAACGAAGAGUUUGACGAUGCCCUAGAAUCUUUUUCUAGGCUGCUUCAUUUGGAGAAACAUCAAGUUGGGUCUUCUCAGAUUAAAAUCUCUUCCCAUUCGAAAGGUAUUGUAGGAUCUGACAAACGGAAAUAUGUCCUAGACCUUGCAAAUUCUCAUCCACUUGACGUUAAGUUCGCAAGACAAUUCUAUGACAACGCCGAUGAGUCUAAUCGCUACCCACACAGACAGACCUUGAUUCGAAAUGAACUUGUUGAUAAAUGGUGGGCCACCAAGAUAGAAAACGUGGACACGUCAUUUGAAAAAGCUUUUGAGGAGAAAUUAUUUGCGUUUAAUCCAGAUGCUUACGUGGUAAGUGGUGUUGAAGAUCCAUUAGUCGAUGAGAUCUCAGACUACUUAGCGAAUGAAGUUGUUCCAGGCGUUGUUGAGGAUUAUGCUGCCGGUAAUUCAACUGCACCUUAUGACGGAGAUCACCUUUCCGAUUCACUACAUAAAAAUGGUAUCAACAUGAGGUACCUAGGGCAGGUGAUUAAAUUAGCCGAGGCUGAAUUAAAGAAGCAAGAGAGCAAACAUGAGGAAAAGCUGGCUGAAGUUAAACUUGGUAAUGAAGACCAUGAAAAUUGGGAAAAAGAAUAUUUAGUUAAAGUUGAACAGCUCAUAAAGGAAAGGCAAGCAAAGAUUAAUGCAUUGAUACAGGAAGGAAAAGAUAUUCCUGAAGAUCUGAAGGGUAAUCUAAAGCUCGAUGAAAACGACAUUAGAAAACCUACCAAAGGCGAAGCAGUUGCGGUAAACCGUGACCAACUUCUAUGUUUGGUCAAGAUUUCUCAGCUUGAAGUUGCAGCUCGUUCUAUGAAGCAUGUUUUGAGGAAAUAUGCCAAAAGCCUGCCAGUGCCAGUCGUAUCAAGUCUUGUCACCUACUUCUUUAACCUGUUAUUCGGCCACAACUAUAACCCGCAACCAAAGGCUGAGAUUAUUGACGAAUUUUACUCUCAGUCAGCGUUUCCUUAUAUGCAGGUAUCGCGUGCUGACUUAUUGAAAGAAAUACGCGAACAAGCACGUCUCAGAUUCAUUUACGAUAUCUCCGAUGAAGUUUUGGAAAGUUUGUGCGAGCAGCGUUUUGCAUUGAUAAGAGCUGUCUCCAAAAAGUUUGGUAUCCAAGUAUUAAACAAAGAAUACUACUUUACGCAAGAUUCGUUUGAAAACUUCAAGCAAUCUCAAGAUAAGAAAGUAAGAAGUAAGUUGAACGCGCCAAGUCAUACUUUCUCCGCAGGCGACUUAGCGAUUAUUCCAGUUAUCAAGGAUGGUGAGUACAAGUCUUUAUCUGGCGACAAUUUCUGGACUCAAGGUGCUUCCAUCCUGAGUGAGAAAGAGGAAGAAGGGCUGGUACUGUUGAGACAGGCAUUAACUAUCAAGGAAGAGGUCAAUGGUAUAGUCCACCCGUCGGUUGCCGAGUCGUACAUGGCAUUGUCAACUAUCUACCACACCUUGAACAGAGUGCCCGAAGCGGUCACCUUUUGCCGCAAAGCUUGUGCUAUUUAUGAACGGGUUUGUGGAGUUGAUUCCUUCGAAGUCAUAAGAUGCUUGAUGAAUUUGGCCAUUCUGGAAAUUAGCAACAAGUGCCCAUUUAAUGGUGCUCACAUUUUGCAGCGUAUCUUGGAUACUCUAAAUGCUUUAUGUGUUGCAGUUCACCCUGCGACCAUCAAUGCUUACACCAUGUUACAGCAGGCGUCAUUGGCGUCUAAAAAUGCUAAACUAGCAAUUGAAAUUAUGAAGAAGCUAUCAGAAACCAUUCUUGUGAUCGAAGGCGGGGAGCAUACUCUUGCGUUUGGUUAUAACCAAUCUCGUAUUGGUGACCUCUAUGUGACAAUGAACGAUUACACCAAUUCUUUGAAAGCAAUUUCUGAUGCCAAGGAAGUUUUCACUAAGGAGCUUGGUCUGAACGAUGAGACCACGGCUCAAUGUAAGCAAUGGGUCACGGGCCUUCAAAACUUACUUCAACGUCAAGUGCAGCAACGCAGCUUAAGUCAGACUCAGAAUGCUGUUAAUACAGGUGUGGCUGCCACAUCUAAAAAACCAAAGGCAGCGAAGAAGGCUGAAAAAGUAGAUCCAGAAUUGGCCAAUAAGUCCGUCGAUGAACUCAUGAGUUAUAUCGAGGGUGGAUCUAAAACCAAAUCUAAGGGAGGAAAAAAGACGAAUAAAAAGAACUGA